GUUUGUUUACGUUUGCCGAUUUCGUUGUGUUGUUUAUUACAAUGGCAGCUACUCUAGACGAUGAAUCGCCACCAAAGCCGGCUUUCGCGAAUGAGGAGGACCCUCUUGCUGAAGAGCGACUGGGCUAUGUCCGCGAAGUUGGCGCUCAGGCGGUUUGGAGCUUGUCGUCGUGCAAGCCAGGAUUCGGUGUUGAGCGAUUGCGUGAUAACAUAAUGGACACCUACUGGCAAUCAGAUGGACAGCUGCCGCAUUUGGUUAACAUCCAAUUCCACAAGCGCACCAACAUCAGCCAGAUCUAUAUAUACACCGAUUACAAGCUGGACGAGAGUUACACACCAUCGCGCAUUUCAAUACGCUCCGGCACAAACUUCAAUGAUUUGCAGGAGCUGCAAGUGAUCGACUUGACGGAGCCGAAUGGUUGGGUGCAGAUUCCCAUUAAGGAUGGUAACGUGAAGAGUCUGCGCACGUUUAUGCUGCAGAUUGCAGUAAUCUCCAAUCAUCAGAAUGGUCGCGAUACUCACAUGCGCCAAAUCCGGGUUCAUGCUCCCUGUGGUGGUGAGGGAAAACAUUAUCCGCUGGAAUUGUUUGGCAAAUUCGGCACUGUCGACUUUCAAAAGUUUGCAACCAUACGUUAAUUUCGGAUAACUAUUAAAAGACACAUUAACGUUGGCAAUAGGUAAAUAAAAGUAUCUCUCUAGUAUUAAAUCCCAAA